UCAGCAGAACUUCAACAACAGAUCUUCAUCCACACUCAGUAGCGAUGGCUUUACUGCUGAUAGUGCUGGGAGCCGUGUUCUGCUCCUUGACGGUCUCUUCUGAGGUCGUACCGCAGGCAGACUUCAAUACACAGGGGAUGGCAGGGAAGUGGUACCUGAUUGGGUUUGCCACCAAUGCCCAGUGGUUUGUCGAGCGCAGAGCCAGCAUGAAGGUGGGCACGGCCAUGUUGACCCCAACUGCUGAUGGGGACCUGGACAUGUCCUACGCCAGUCUCAGUUCUGAUGGCUCUUGUUGGAGAAUGAACAACCUGGCCAAGAAGACCGAUGUGCCUGGAAAGUUCACGUACACAAGUGAGCGAUGGGGGAAUAUGAAUGACAUGUGCAUGGUUGAUGUGAAGUAUGACGAGUACGCCCUGACUCACACCAUUAAGACCAAGGGGAGUGAUCCCACCGUUGUCAACAAACUAUAUGGCCGCGGAGAGGAGCUCAGCGCUGACCUGCUGCAGAAGUUCAGGCAGUUCUCCUUGGAGACUGGCAUCCUGCCGGAAAAUAUCGCUUUCCUUCCCAAAAAUGCGGAGUGUCCAGCUGCUUAGUGUUCUGCCCCGGUCAUUGUAUGGCAACAAUGCUGUCUGAAGACUUUAAUAGAUAUCCUUCAUCUAUCGAGGUGCACUGCAAUGAAAUCCGUUCAGUUUAUUUACUCUGCUCUCACAGGUGUUAGAAUUUUAAAAAGCUCACAAUGCCACUUAACAUAAUGUAAAGCCUGGUGUCAAUAUACAAUGCUUUGCUUUUAUCUACCUGCAGUUGCAAUCUUUAAAGAUCAUCUUCAGACAUGUUUGAGACAUAUAAAAAUACUGCUUUGAA